AGUUUGUUGUUGUUCGUCAGUGGGAUAACACCGAAGACUGUUCUGUCCAUCGGAGUCUUACUUUUUUUUUUUUUUUUCGUUAGUAGGAAAGCACAAAUUAAGAAGAAAAGAUAACUAGUAUUUCAGUACUGUUUAUUUUGUUAAACAUUGAGAUGGGCAUGGCGGAGGCGGCAGCGUGGGUCACUUGGACCUUGCUAAUAUCGAUAGUGCUGGUUUAUGUUGUUUACUGGAUCCGCCACCGCCGUCACCAGCACUCCAUAUUCGCCCGCUUGGGAAUCCCAUACGUCCCGCCUCACCUCAUAUAUGGCAGUAAUCACACUCUACGAGGUCGAGGAGCACUUGCUACCAAAGUUGUAGGCCAGUGGAUGAAGCAGUACGGCAAGGUCUUCGGCUACUAUGUUGGAUGGCAGCCGAAUUUGGUGGUAGCUGACCUGGAUCUCGUCAGGGAAAUCCUUGUACGUGAAUUUCCAACUUUCGCUAACCGACCAACUUUAGUGAUCGACGCUCAACCCGUCGUGGAUAGCCUGGUGGGGCUCAGGGAUCAACGAUGGAAAGAUGUGCGCUCUGUGCUGGCUCCGACCUUUUCCGUGGUGAAAAUGAAGUACUACAUGGGCGGAGUCAUGAAUGAAAAGAUCAACGAACUGUUGUCAAUUGUUUCAAGGAAGGUCAAACGAGGGGACCCCAUCGAGUGGCAUGCCACCUACCAGGGGAUGACGUUGGAUGUGAUCUGUGAGUGCGCCCUCGCUCUAAAAACACAUUGCCAGCGGGACCAAGACGGCGACGACUUCUUUUUGGCAGUGCGACAGUUUCUUAGAAAUGCUGUAAAUACAGCUAUUCUUCUGGCACUUUACUUUAAAGUUUUUGCUAAAUUUCUGAGCUUUGUCAGUAAUCGUCUAGCAUAUUCAGGUCGUAUGACAAUGAUGAUUGUCAACCAUCUGAAGACCGUGAUCACCAUCCGUCGCCGUGACUUGUCCAUCAAACACUUGGAUGUGUUGCAACUAAUGCUGGAUGAGGCAGAAAACACACAAAGCGACAAAGACUCUGUAGCUGAAAACAACUCUAGAUCUGGCGCAAAGAGGGAGUCCAAAAAAUUGACUGACGAAGAAAUAAUUGCAAACGCUUGGGUCUUCCUGCUAGGAGGCUUUGAGACCACAGCCAACACAGUGACCUACAUGAGCUACUUGUUGGCUGUUCAUCCAGAGGUGCAAGACAAAGUCCAUCAAGAACUGUGUGAUGUGCUGCAGGACAGCCCGGAGGAGCUGACCUAUGAACAGGUACACAGCCUCAAAUAUCUGGAUCAAGUGUUCUGCGAAACCCUGAGAAUCUACCCGCCCGCAGUGAAUUUUGUAAGCAGAGAAGCUUCUCAAGAUAUUCAGCUGGGCGACUUGUUGAUUCCCAAGGGCAUGAGCAUCCAGAUCCCACUGUGGCACAUUCACCGCGACCCCGACCAGUGGCCCAGAGCGGAAACAUUUGACCCGGAGAGGUUUUCUCCAGAGGCUCGGGCCACAUGCACCCGACAUCCGAUGGCAUAUAUUCCUUUUGGCGCUGGACCCAGGAACUGCCCUGGAAUUAGGUUUGGACAACUCGAGGCCAAACUAGCAGUAGCAAGGGUCAUCAGGAGAUACAAACUCGUGGCAUACGAAGAUACUCCACUGCCUCUGGACUUCAAGAUUCCCACGGUCACGCUGAACCCUUCUGGCACCGUGCUGAUGAGAGCCGUGCCCAGGCCGUGUUCCUUCCCGGUGUCUCCCAAAGCGAAGUAAACUGUUAUGGUACGCAACAUUCUCAAGACAGACAGAUUAUGUGCAUGCACUGUAGCAUCAUAGUAACUGUUCUUUCUGGUAGUGCGCAUAUAUACGUAUGUAGAUUGUAGAGUUUAGUAAUACCCAUCAUACACCAUAAGAAUCUUGGCAGUGUAACUUUAUACUACUUGUAACUAUGUGGCUAUACAAUAUUCAGUGUUUGCAUGUAAUUUUUUAUCGCUUUCUAGCAGACUUUUAUUGUUUGGGUGAAUUUUUCUUAGUAAACGUGUCUCAAAUUAUUUUUAGAAACAGUUGUACUGCAUACUUGAUAAAGAAAAAAAAAAAGAAAAA